AUGCUCGACGCUGCCUCAAUCCUGGCUCUUCGCUCCUUAGAUCAGGACUCAGAUAGCAGCUGGCGCUUCCAAUCGAGCCAGCCACCGAGCCCUCUCAACACAGCGGCGGAUGUGGCCUUUGGCGGCAGCACACUAGCACAGGCUAUUCAUGCAGCAUACCAGACGAUAGAGCCAGCGCGACUACCCACUCUGCGUCUCUACUCAGUACUCGGCCAUUUCUACGGCGCUACUCGCUGCUCCGUUCCCCUCAACCUAAAAGUCACAUCCCUUCGCGACACACGAGGCUUCGCAACACGGCAAAUCACUGUAUCUCAGCCAGCCUCCGACAAAUCUGGCAAAAUCCGCACAACGAGCGUCAUACUUGUAGACUUCGUUGCCAAAGCUACAGAUAGGACAGUCGUUUCGUUCUCGGCUCAGCCACGGAUAUCACCUAUCACCCCCCACUCGAAGUUGCAAGACAUUCACGAUAAGCUCCGGGUCGACGCUGCAAACGGCAGGGUCGACAAAAAAAGGCUAGCGUACAUGAAACCGUUCUUCGACCUACUGGACAUCUGGCACAACCGCUAUUGCCCCGAGGGAAUGUUGGACCAGCAAUCAAUUGGCCUUCGUCUCGACAAAGAGACUACUCAAAGAGAUUUUCCGUAUGCACAGAAAGCAUCGUAUGACUGGAUCCAGCUGCGCAAGACAUUACCUCUCGAAAGUACAAAGUCGCAAAGCACAGAAGCGCGUUUACCUCCAACCACUUCCGCAGCCUCAGCUUGCUUCUUCGCUCACUUUCUCGAUACCUGGACCUCGGUCAUUGCUCCUUGGUGGGCACAUGCAGGUCCCGGGAAGGUACAGGUGUAUGCUACGCUAGACUUUGCACUGCGGUUUCAUGUCGACGAGCUGGAUGCAACUGCGUGGCAUGUUAGGGAGCAUACUUGCCAGUCUGCCCGUGAUGAGAGGGACUAUGUGCAGGCAAAUUUAUGGCGAGAGAUGGGGUCGACUGAGGAAGACGGGGAGGAGGGGGGAGAGAUGAGGCUGGUUGCGACAAUGACGCAGACUUGUGCCUUGAAGGGGCCUGCAGGGAACGAAGGGAAAUCGAAGAUCUGA